AUGACUACAUUAAACUUCAGGAUCCUUGUCCCUUUUUCCCAAGAAGAACCCAAUAUAGAAUCUCUAAAAACAUUAGUCGAGUCUUGUGGUGUUAUUGUUCAGUCGAUUCAGAGAACACAAAAUGCUCAAGAAGAGAACUGUGCUGCUGGAAUUAUUUCCGAAUACAGUUUGGACAUCGUAUCUGUCAACGAGUACUGUAUUUCAAAUAGAGAUAAAGUACAGUUGUACGGAGAUUUGCAUUUGAUCCAUCCACCAUUGUUCAUGUCUUUAACUCCUUGGAGGUUGCGUCCCAACCCUUUGCAGCCCUUCAAUAGGCAAUUGAAUGAUGAUAACUUUGAUAUUUUUCAUAUAUGUCCCUUUAAUGUUACCAAAGAUGUGAUUGGGAAAUCAAGUGUUUUACGUGUCAAGUUUCGUGGAUGGGAUGACUUUGAAGACGUUUUGACUUGUUUAAGAUUUCGCUGCGAAAAACUGCCUGUAAAUUUCGUUAAAAUGGAUGUAAUAGAAAAAGAUCCACCUCAAACUCCUGAGGUUAGUUUGCCUCAUUUUGGAUGUGCGUACUUGCUGGAAGCUAUGGUAAAGCGAUCCUUUAAUAUCCUGGAACAAGCAGACAGUGAUACGUCCUUCAGAAAACUAGAGGAACUCUGCGCUUAUGAUCCUAGGUGUCUAGAAAAAGCUCUCAGUGAUGUCCUAUUCGCAAUGGAUUCUGGCAAGUUAAUUAAUUUUUGGAAAACAAUCGAAACACAGUUUGUGCAUUAUAAACGUGAGAAAGGCCCAAGAAGCAUCAACGAAUACGUUGUACCAGCAAAAUGCAGAUUAAUUAGACGCGUCACCUUUACACCCACACGUACCCUUCUGUGGCCAGCGGAAUUAAUGUGUGAGAACAGAAUUCUCAGAAAUUUCGAUUCAGAGUAUUUUUUGCGUGUUACUUUUAGAGAUGACGAUAUGCUAACAAUGAACUUCAGGCGUUAUGAUUUUCAAAUGUUUGUAGAAACCAUCCAGAAGCCGAUGAACUCGGGUCUUAAAAUUGGUUCAAGAAAGUAUGAACUGCUGGCGUGGUCCUCUUCGCAACUUCGUGAACAUGGGGUAUCCAUGUACGCCCGCGAUUCCAAAGGUCGGACUGCAACGGACAUUCGUAAUUGGGUGGAAAUUAGCCCCAAUACAAGUAUGAAUGUACCAAAAUGCUUAGCGAGAAUCGGACAAUGCUUUUCGCAAACAGAAGAUACCCUGCGUGUCCCUUUGGACAACAGGUAUGUUCUAGUUGAGAAUGAUGUAGAAGGUGGAAGGAAUCCUCUUACCUUGAAGCCGUACUGUUUUACUGAUGGGGUUGGAAAAAUUUCGGUGAAGUUAGCUAACCAAGUUAGAAAUAUUCUUCGCCAUGACAAAGAUUGCAGUGCCUUUCAGAUCCGUUACAGUGGAUUUAAAGGAAUGCUGGUGAUAGACCCCACCCUUGAGGAUGCUGAUAUUGUGUUUCGUCAAAGCAUGGAAAAGUUUUGUUCGCGCGGAGACGGGCACACGAAAUUAGAAAUUGCCAAACCAAGCAGCCCAAUAAGACUUCGCUUAAACAGACCGUUGAUAGCCAUUCUUAAUGAUCUGGAUGUACCGCAUGGAGUUUUUUUACGGAUGCAGGAAGAAAUGCUGAAAAUUUUGACUGACAUGUUAAUCGACGAAGAAGUCGCUAGGAAUUAUUUGAAUGCGCGAACACCUUUUAGCGACUUGAAAUUUAAAGAGCUAUCUCAGUCUGGAGUUGGUUUGACUGCGGAGCCAUUUUUCAGAACUCUUUUGCUGGCACUUCAUCGAUAUUACAUUGACCUUGUGAAAACAAAGGCAAACAUUGAUGUAGAUCCUUCAGAAGGGAGGAAUAUGUUUGGAGUAAGUGAUGAAACAGGAAUGCUUAAUUACGGGGAGGUUUUUGUCCAAUAUUCGAGAGAUGUAACAAAUAAUGUGACAACACCAGACGAUGCCAUUAUAUUGACAGGUCCAGUGAUGGUAACUAAAUGUCCAUGUGUCCAUCCUGGUGAUGUUCGCAAAUUUACCGCAGUUGAUGUUCCCGCUCUCCGUCACAUAGUUGACUGCAUUGUGUUUCCACAGAGAGGGCCAAGACCACACCCUGACGAAAUAUCUG